GUAAUGCUGUAAGUCUAUUUAAUUUGCCUGCUGCGACCAUCUGCUUCCUUUAUUCAUUUUAAGAUUUUUAUAAUAUGUUUAACUAAUAUUUCACAGUUUGUGUGAUCAUGUGGAGCUGCCUGUCUAUUUUUUAUUUUUUUUUGUUGGCCAAAGCAACCAAGCAGCCCUUCUUAAUUAAAUCAGACAUCAGGUUGCCAGCUAACAGUGACGGGUUGAGCUCAGGCAGUGUGCCAUGACAGCUUCACUCAUGCGCACUGGCCUGGUUUCAUUUGUCUGGCUUCUCAGAGACCCCCAUUCUUUAAAAAAAAAACAAAAAACAGUGUAUAUCUAAAAUAAUAUGCUGGUUGUUCCUCUGACUGCUCUCCAUCACUUUAGUCCACGUGGACAGCAUCCACACUAAAUGGGGCUCAGGAACCUUCUAUUAUUAACUACAGACAUUGCCCAGACCCAACGUGGCGCGCCGCAUCAGGUCCUAAAGGAGGCACUGCUCUGAGCACCCACCCUGUUACACAACUGGCUUACAUGAUGAUGUUGGCACAACAGUGAGCGGCACAUGUGAGGAUGGCAAAAGGGUCAGGAAAGGAGCCAGGAACGGCUUUUUCGCGCAAAAUGAUCUACAACAUUAACUUUUACUGUUGAUACUAUAUAUGAUCUCCCCAAUAAUCAGAAUAUUAGUCAUAAAGGGCUUGUAUAUUAUAUGAUAUAUUCUCCACAUGAGAUUUCCUCCCAAUAAGGUGUUAAAGAUGAAAGGUCCCUGAUUCCUAAAACGUUCCAAAAAUAUUUCCAAAUCCUGGCCCGGUGAUUGUGGCCCUGAUCUUGGCACUGUUUCCGUCUGCUACUGUACGCCCUCUCUCUCUGAUUGGCUCUCGUUAAAGGCAGGGCAGUAUAAAUACUCUCAAGUUACUCUCUUCCUUCCUUUUUUGGAAGCUCGCAGCUCCCUCGGUAUCAGCAUGCCUGUUAUCAGAACCCUCCUCAGCAAGGUGGCCAAGCAGGCCUUGCUCAGCACCCCGGGGUGCGGCUGCCAGCCCCUUACGGUGGCUGUGCGCAACAUCAGCUUCUCCCCUCGGCAGGUGACGUCUGACGCCAGCUUCCACUCUGUGUCCUUCUCAGAAACGGACCACCCCAAGGUGCUCAUUACAGGAGGCCUGGGUCAGCUCGGGGUGGGGCUCGCCAAACUCCUAAGGAAGAGGUUUGGCAAGAACAACGUCAUCUUGUCUGACAUCAGGAAACCUCCAAGCAAUGUUUUCCACAGUGGCCCCUUCAUCUACUCAGACAUCCUGGACUACAAGAACCUGCGGGAAAUUGUGGUGAACAACCGCAUCACAUGGCUGGUUCACUACAGCGCCCUCCUCAGUGCUGUUGGAGAGGCGAACGUGGCCCUGGCACGCUCUGUUAACAUCACCGGGCUACACAACAUCUUGGACAUUGCAGCGGAGCACGGCUUACGCCUGUUUGUCCCCAGCACCAUCGGCGCCUUCGGUCCCACUUCUCCCCGCAACCCUACGCCAGAUCUCUGUGUGCAGAGACCUCGCACCAUCUAUGGUGUCUCCAAAGUCCACGCUGAGCUGAUGGGAGAGUACUACCACCACCGCUACGGCCUUGACUUCCGCUGUCUCCGCUACCCAGGAAUCAUCUCUGCUGACUCUAUGCCUGGAGGUGGCACAACAG